UCACCGUCGUAUUGGGGCUUCUAUGUGUUUUGGAUGGCAUUUGAAGACAAUCUGCGACAUGAGUAGUGGCUCUUCGCCGCAUCUGCGUUCCGUGCCUCAACUUGCGGGGUUCUCUCGGAGAAGCAGCAGUCAAUUCGGCCCGGGCUUCGGUAGUGAAGAUUUAUUGCCACUGCAGUAGUGACCUUUCAUUUCCACGUACGUGAGGCAAAUGUUGAGGCAAUUUUGCAAAGGGUGCGUGGAAUUACAUACAGCAUUCCCUUUUGACCUGGGAGUUCCUCGCCUUAAACCGCGAUAUAAGAAUACAACGCGUGGUUCGCAAACAUGUCUUGCUCUGUUCUUGGUCCAAAAUUAUUACGUGCUUUUCCCAGAGCCUCUCCUCGAAUUUUCUCUUUUCGAUCUUUUGAUCGUGUCUCGCAAUUUGAAAGUUCAUUCCUGCCUGUGAUAUAUCGCCAGAAAUCUACCAUGAUCAAAACAUCGGCGUUCUUUAAUACCGGCGACGACUUUGACAAAGUCCAAGCCUCGCGACCGGAGUUCCAACGAGACGCGGAGGUCAAAUAUUCCAAGCCCCCAAAGCCGGACUGGAAAGAAGGCGAGGGCGGCAAUGAUGGUGGCGAGAGCUUGAACAAGAACCAUAUCGAAAUCGAUCCCUACGAGGAGGGACGGCAUGCUUCAUCUAACUAUAAGCUUUUGAUCUCGGGGGUGGUCCCCAGACCAAUUGCACUCAUCAGCACGAAAUCGAAAGACGGCAAAACAGCAAAUCUGGCGCCAUUCAGUUACGCCCAAGUUAUCAACCACGAUCCUCCACUCUUCACGGUAGGGUUUGUUGGGUCACUCGAGAAGGCCAAAGACAGCCUUAAGAACUUAACAGAGUCGAAGGAAUGCGUGAUAAAUAUCAUUUCGGAGCACUUUGUUGAAGCUGCCAACGCAACCGCAGUCAAUGCGCCAUAUGGAGUAUCAGAGUGGGAGGUAUCCGGUUUACAUCAGGCUCCCAGUUCCGUUGUUCAGGCUGCGCGCGUCAAGGAAUCAAUGUUGUCAAUUGAGGGCAAGCUCGUUGAAACCAAGGAGUUCGAGAGCAGAACAACUCCAGGAAAGAAAACCGGUGUUCUUGCGAUUAUCGAGGGUGUCCGAUUUUGGGUGAGAGAAGACGCUUAUGACAAAGAGACGAACGUCGUAGACCUAAAGGUUCUGAAACCGAUCAGUCGCUUAGGAGGCAUCGCAUACGGGCGAACAACCGACGCGAUUGAGCUUCCAAGACCGCAGUUUUAAAAUCGCUCUCUGGAUGUUGCAUUGUCAAUUAUAGAGUGCAAAUUUUGUACAGAUAACCAGUCCUCGUUUAGAUCUCAUAACAGCCGGGAAAUUCUAAAACCUGUCACUUGGAUGUCUCAAGAUUCACUGGAAAGGGCGCUUGGAAAA